AUGGAUCCCUUCUCAGCAGCCACCGGCAUAGCUGGCCUUAUAUCCUUGGGCAUCGAGGUUUGCAAAGGUCUGAACGCGUACUGUCGGGAAUAUCGGAGCAAAGGCAGCGAGAUCCUGGCCCUCAGUCAACAUGCAAAAAGAUUGGAAGCUUUUCUUCACAUGAUCGAAGGCCGUAUGAAGGAAAAGUCGCAGGUCGACCAACCUCUAGCAGCGACAUUCGAAGAUUGCCAUGUCACAUGCACCAUAUGCCUGCAGGAAUUCACAGCGCUGAAUACUAAGUACUCUCGCCCGAAAGCUCCUUCCGGUCUCAGACAACAGGGAAAGGCAUUCGUACGACAACUUCAAUUUCCAUUUCAAAAAGACAAAUUCGAUAGUAUCAAGUCCCAGAUGCUCGAAUUCCAAAACGCUCUCUCUACCUACUUGCUUUUGCUGAACUAG